GCCGCCGCGCUCGGAGGGGGCGUUGUGCGGGCAGGGUUUGGGGCCGCUGGGCUCUGACUGCCGCUUCCCCCUCCAGGGAUGGAGCUCGGGGAGCAGGAGGAGAGCAGGAAGGAGCAUUGGAAGUUGCUGGGCAAGCUGAAGACGACCGUAGAGGGCUUGGUGUCGAUCAAUAAUCCGAAUGUUUGGUCUAAGUAUGGCGGCUUGGAGCGGCUCUGCAGGGACAUGCACAGCAUCCUGCAUCACGGGCUCAUCACGGACCAGGUCUGUUGCAGGCAGAGGGAUUACUGGCAGUUUGUGAAGGACAUCCGUAGGCUGAGUCCGAAUGCUGCCCAUCACGUUGAGAGGUUUAUCCACCUGCAUGAGAAUGGACAGCGGAACACCGACAGCGCCAGUGACCGGGCAACUGCAGAGCUCUGGCUCCAGCACAGCCUGCAGUUCCAUUGCCUGUCAGCUCAGCUGAAGCCUCUGCUGGGGAACAAGCAGUGCAUCCGGAGGUUCUAUGCAGACUCAGCUUUCCUGCUCAGUGACGCCCACGUCACUGUCAUGUUGCAGUGCUUGGAGGCUGUGGAGCAGAACAAUCCCCGGCUGCUUGCUCAAAUAGAUGCAUCCAUGUUUGCCAGAAAAAUCGAGGCCUCCUCUGUGCCUGUGACAAAGAGCCAAAGCCUCACUGCACUUCCUGGAUCUAUAUGCACUCCUCCUGUUGAAUGCACGGCCCAGCGGUAUUUUGGUUCCUUCUCAGGUCUUCAUUCAGCCUCUGCCAGCAUUCAAGACAGGAGACUAUCCAGCCCUUUGGUUUGCAGUAGCACCAGCCAGCCUCAGGAAAACACCCUGUGUGCCUCAUCCCACUGGCAUCCGGAGGGCAGGUCCCCCCAACGCCUGACUGUCCCUCUUCCCCACCUCACCCUCUCUGGCCCAAAGGACGCCUCUUCCCCAGCGGGCGAGACGAGCGCUGGCACCUCCGCCGACCCAAACGAUGAGCCCUGGGCCGGCAGCCAGGACGACAUGGACGGGCCGGAGUAUCUGGCAAUUGGGAAUCUGGGCCGGCCAAGCCGAGCUUGCAGCAGCCCCAAUGAAUCCAGCGUGGCCACCACCAACAGCGUCAGGAGCAGCACCUCCAAUCUCUUCUCCUCCAGCAGCUCUCAGAAGCGGGAGUCCAUUUCCUCCUUGGGGGAGCAGGGGGCAAGCGGUGGCAGCAGCGGCGGCGGCAGCAGCCGGGGGAUGAGCCUUUUGCGCCGGUCCAGCUUCUCCGAGGGGCAAACCUCCACUUCCCACAGGAUGCCCAAGCGGAGCCACACACGCUCCCAUUCAGACACCAACGUGGCCACCUCUGGGAAAGCUCACGAAUCCAACGGAGAUCUUUCAAGGUUCAAAGGCGAUAUGUCCUGCUCAGCACAGAGCAGUGAAGUGAGCACCCCUGGUUCUGUCUACAUGGAAUAUGCUACUGGGCAGUACCUACACUCUGGGGAAGGGCUGUUCCGGAGGCCCUCGGAAGGCCAGUCCCUGAUCAGCUACUUGUCGGAGCAAGAUUUUGGCAGCUGUGCAGACUUGGAAAAGGAAAACGCUCACUUCAGCAUCUGCGAGUCGCUCAUUGCUGCCAUCGAGCUGAUGAAAUGCAAUAUGAUGAACCGGCAGUUGGAAGAGGAUGAAGAAGACAGCGACAAGGAGAUCCAGGAGCUCAAACAGAAGAUCCGAAUCCGGCGGCAACAGAUCAGGACCCGGAACCUCCACCCAGCUGGCCAGAUGGGCUCAGACAGUCUUAUGGCAACAGAUAGCGGAUCCCACUUCAGCUCCCGAGACUCGACACGCCUGUCCGACUCCGGUUCUGCCGAAGAUGUGGAUGAGUAUGAGAUCAGAGAUGGUAACGAUGGAUCUAGCCUGAUUCAAAUGUCCAAGAAUGGCCUGUCCGUCUCAAUGGCUUCCUUGUUUUCAGAUGCGGACAUCAAGAGGACUGCAGCUCCCAGCAAGAAAACCUUCCACUGCUCUGGCUCCACCUUCCACUCCUUCCUGCACUCGAACUCGGCGGAGGCCGUGGCCAUGGGCCUACUGAAGCAGUUUGAGGGGAUGCAGCUGCCCGCAGCCUCGGAACUGGAGUGGCUCGUGCCGGAGCACGAUGCCCCGCAGAAGCGCCCAAGACUGUCUCUUAAAAAGGUUUUUAAGCGGCCCAAGUGGUAUAAGAAGAGACAGCUUUCCAAAAAGCUACGGCUGCUGCUGCCAAUUCCUGACUCCGUGCCCAUCUCUCCGGACGACGGGGAACACGCAGACAUCUACAAGCUCCGUAUCCGGGUCCGAGGAAACCUGGAAUGGGCGCCGCCACGGCCACAGAUCAUCUUCAACAUCCAUCCGGCACCGACGAGGAAGGUGGCAGUGGCCAAGCAGAACUUCCGCUGUGCAGGUUGUGGCAACCGGACGGACCCGGACUACAUGAAGCGCAUGCGCUACUGCGAGUACCUGGGCAAAUACUUCUGCCAGUGCUGCCAUGAGAACGCUCAGAUGGUCAUCCCCAGCCGCAUCCUUCGCAAGUGGGACUUCAGCAAGUAUUACGUCAGCAACUUCUCCAAGGACCUGCUAAGCAAGAUCUGGAGUGAUCCCCUCUUCAACGUGCAGGACAUCAACACUGGCCUCUACCGCAAGGUCAAGCCACUCAACCAAGUCAGGCUGCUGAGAAUUCAGCUGUACCACAUGAAGAACAUGUUCAAGACCUGCCGCCUAGCUAAGGCGGUCCUGGAUGCUUUCGAUGCUGUGCCGGGUCACUUGACGGAGGAUCUGCACCUCUAUUCCUUAAACGACCUGAGCACCACCAAGAAAGGGGAGCUCGUGCCCUGCCUGACGGAGCUCCUCAAGGCAGGUACCCUGCACGUUGAGAAGUGCAUGCUGUGCCAGGCCAAGGGCUUCAUCUGCGAGUUCUGCCAGAACGAGGAGGACAUAAUCUUCCCCUUUGAGCUGAAUAAGUGCAGGACCUGUGAAGAAUGCAGAGCCUGCUAUCACAAGGGCUGCUUCCGGUCUGGGCCCUGCCCCAAGUGUGAGCGGCUGCAGGCGCGGAGAGAGAUGCUGGCGAAGCAGAGCAUGGAGGCUGACAUCUCAGACUACGAGGAGGAGGAGGAGGAGGAGGCGGCUAUGGCAGGAGCGGCCACGUGACAAUUGACCAGCUGCACUCUGGUGCGUGGCCUCUGCCUCCAGAGACUGAACUGACAAUGAACUCAAGCGGGACUCUUCCACGGCUAACAAGCCCAACCAGACGGCGGAUCCCCAAGGGAUCUUUUGCACUUGGCUUGGGAGGGUCGCCGUUCCUUUCCGUCUGAGCCGCCCGCCCGGGGAGGGAAUGGCGCGGUUGCCACUUCUGCCACCAACGUUGACACACGACGAAGCUGAGCUUCGUUGCCACCGCAGGAAAAGUAGCAACUGUGGUUUUGCUUGCGUCUCUGACUCGAGUGCCUGAACCUUCGCCCCCUUCCGUCUGGGAGGAGCUGGUGGAUGGCGAUGGUCCCACCAGGGGCUGAGCGACUGGCGGAGUGCCAGAACACUCCGAAAGGGAAAACCACCCACUUGAAUCGUUUUAUUUCCUCUAUCACUUUUGGUCUCUCUUUCGCCAAAACCACUGCCUAUAACUCUGGGUUCUUUGCUGCUGAACUCCGCUUAUUCAACCCUUGUUUUGUGCCUGAAGUAUUUACGAUGAGUUGGGGAAGCCAGAGAAAAAGGGGACUUCUGGCCUGCCCUUGUCAUCUUGGGAACUGCCUAGCUACCACAGAAACAGAUGCUGUAGGAAAUGGGUGGACAGCCGGGAGGCGGAAGCCUUCGUAGGGCGUGGUGGGGCCGAGUUGGGGCCAAUGCUUUCCGUACCUUCUCAAAAUGAUCUGCCUGCACCCGCUCCCCCUACACCGGUCCCACUUCUCCUCCUUUCCCGUUUUUCUUCCCACCUGCCUGAAAUAUCUGUUCCUAGCUAGAGAAGCAUGGGUUAGUGUCUUGCAGGACCCUUCCAGGGUCCUGGUUUUGGCUGGGGUGAUGGGUGGUCCAUCAAGCUUAUAGACGAAAGCCUGGGGGCUCUCCUGAUGUUGUAGGACAAGGUUGGGCAAAAGGGUAGAUUUCCAGGUGUCUUGGACUUCUACUCCCAUUAGCCCCUGCCAGCAUGGCCAAUGGUCAGGAACGCUGGGACUUCCAAGUCCCAAACAUCCGGAAAUCUACUUUCUGCCUGCUUCUGUUGCAGUUAAGCAGAUGCUUCCUUGGAUCAGAAGAAGAUGGGCUUUUGAUCCAAUCACUGGGUAGGCCAUGGCAUCUCUGGUGGUGAUGAAGAAGUGCAGUCCGUGCCCUCGUUCUUGCAGGGGCACGGCAGGGAUGGCGCUUUGGGCGUGCCGGUGGCUCUUACGGAGCCUCUGUGUUGGUCUCCCACCCUGUCUGCUGGGAUGGCGGGGGGCUGUAGCGGAGGGAGCUCAGCUGACCUGUGACAGCUGAAUUGAGCUCAGCUGCCUCCUUGGAUGCCAGGCUGGCAACAGCUCUGGCCUGGGUUUGGCCUGCUGCUUUUCGCCCUCCUUGGCCUCUGCCAUCCAGUCUCCCCCCUGGAUUUGCCGCAUCCUUUGCUUCUGCCUCGGGCGGUUGAGCCUCUUCGCUUCCUUUCGCUCAGGACUUGAAAUGUUAGGACCUUCCCACCUCAGAACAAGGUUGUGGAGACAGAGGUGGGCAGACGGCUCCUGGAGAAAGCCUCUUAAAAACUGGAGGAGGCGUCUCUUGCUUGCCGUCGCUGUCCUGCUCCAAUUUUUAAGAGGCUUUCUCCAAGGAGCCCUUUGCCCACCAAUGUCUCCUCAUCCUUGUUCCUCGGUAGGUAGCAAACAGAGAGCAACCCACUGGGCCUCUCCAAGCCUGUGCCCCAACCCAUCCCAUUGUUCCUGUGCAUUUCUGUCCUGUUUGUGAAGGCUGCCGGCAGCACGGUCCAAGACCCCAUGUUUUCCUGGCCAUCCAGUGCACAGAUGUUAAGUCUUUGUUACCAACAGCCCUGGUUCUGGUGAAGUUGUUGCUUUCUCCUCGUAAGCCGUCUCUCUGACCUUACCCACCCAAGAUGCUCAUGGCCUAUGCAUGAACCGUGUCCUGUGUGGCUACCUUGAAUGAUCUUACCCCAUCGUCACCCAGCUCCUUGCCGGCCUUCCCCUUCUGAGGAAAGCACGCCAGACUUGUCAGCUAUGUGUGCACUAACAAACCUCUGCCAAACUCCUUGAAGCGGAGUGUGCCGCCCCCCAGUUCCAGUGCAGGGAGAAAUAAAAUCUGCAGGUCCCUCACGUCCCCCCUGUAUGGGGUAUAUUCCCAUUCCUGUGUACAGUGCUGCCCCAGAACUACUUAGCAAGCAUGUUGGGCUACGUUGUCUUUUGUGUGCAUGUGUGUCUUUUUCGGAGUCAUCGUUUGUGUUGCUAACUGUGAGCUGGACGUGUCGUCACCCCACCACCCACCCACCCUGAGGCUUUCAAAGGCAGCUGAAGCUUGGGCCUGUGAACCAUUCACAGAACGGUCAGGAACGAACCGUUGGUUUGCGGAAGUGCGUGAAGGUUGUUGUGUUGCCCGAGGAUCAAAAUAGCAUGGAAUAUUGUCCCGAAGAGGUAAUUAAGACCAGGAAGAGGUGGAAAUCUGGCUCAGGUGGUACAAACCUGAAUCUCCUGAGGGCUGUUUUGUGCAUGCUGCCUUCUUGGCAAAGACUACAAGACCCAUUGAUUUCCAGCAUUGCACACACACACAUAUA